UGAAAGAGAACGUCUGUGUCGUCUGUGUGUACACCUGUGUCAAGGCUGGUGUCCGCCUUGACACAGGUAUACACCGGAGUAAAUGUGUAAAUCCUCACCUCGGAUGUAUCCCUCCGCCGCGAGGUGAUACCAAUAUAUUGGAGUGAUCCAAUGGAGUGAUCCAUGUUUGCGUUUAUAUUUUUGUUCAGUGUGAAAAAACGCAUUCUAUGAAAUACUAUUGGGCGUGCGUGCAGGUACCGCGCGGGCAGGUUAAACGCGAUGGUGGUGCAGGUGCAUCAAGAAAGGAAGGAUACGGUCCGCGGACUAUAUUUGAAUAGUGUCACUGCACUGUAGCCAGUGGUCAUUGUAUUUGAUUAGUGAAUUUAUACCGUAACUUCCGUAUCUCUCAGCCCACCAGAGCUUCCGUAUUAACUGAGUUUCUCAGUCUACCCUGGCUGCAUUUUUGACUUUGUAAAGCUAUGCGGUCAAUUCCGGAGGAGUUAACGACGCUUAUUUCAGAUCUUGAAGAUUUCCUCUUCGAUGGUCUGAAAGGAGAGAAUUUGAGUAAGAAGGCAAAGGAGAAAAGAGAAGCCUUCAUAAAGCGGAUCAAAGAGGUCAAAUCUGGAUACCCUCAAGAGUUCAACGAGAAUCGAGAUGCAGAGGACUCGGAAGAGGAUGAAGUGGAGGACAGCAACAAUGAUGGAGGGUCACUGCAUUCAGAACGCACAGAUAAGGAGGAUGAGACCUGUGAAGGUGCUCAGCAGUCUCUAGCCGUGGCGGCUCAGGACCUCCAGUCUGUCUUCAAGGCCGGACACCUGGAGAAACGCAGGAAGGAUCACAGCUUCUUUGGCACAGAGUGGCAGAAGAGAUGGUGCGCUUUGAGCAACCAGACAUUCUACUACUACGGCAGUGAUAAAGACAAGCAGCAGAAGGGCGAGUUUGCAAUUGAUGGCUACAGUGUCAAGAUGAAUAACACCCUGCGAAAAGAUUCGAAGAAAGAUUGCUGCUUUGAAAUUUCUUCCUCUGACAAGCGAGUAUAUCAGUUCUGUGCGUCAUCUCAGAAAGAGGCAGAGGAAUGGGUGGAGCAGAUAGAUUUUGUGUUGAGAGACAUGUCAGGGAUCAUUCCAUUGGACGAGGAGGAUCAAGAGACGUACGAUGACAUUGGCGCUGUCGAGGCUGCGCCUAUUGACGAUGACAUCUACGAAGAACUCCCAGAGGAGGACAUGUCUGCUCCUCCCUUGCCCACACCUCCAAAGCCCAAGGUGGAACCACCCACGCCACACAGCAAACCCACCCCACCCACUACAGCUGCAGUGAAUAAGAUCACAGACUACCAGAACUACUAUCAGGGGAUAUGGGACUGUACAGGAGAUCAACCAGAUGAACUGUCCUUCAGGCGGGGAGACGCCAUCUACAUCCUCAGCAAGGAGUACCAGAACUAUGGUUGGUGGAUCGGGGAAAUGAAGGGGUCUGUUGGCAUCGUUCCUAAAGAGUACCUCAUGGAGUUGUAUGCCAUUUAAAGGCCUCAGGCAUCUAAAUCCAAUCAUCUUCCAUGUGAGAUGCAUGGAAACAGACCAUAUCUGAAGAGGACACUGAACUAAGCAGCAAAGCCAACUGUCUGUAGCAAAAUGAAAAAUAUCAGAUGCAUGUCGUGUCCAUCUUGAUCUCACUAAGCUCUUUAAGGGGUUGUCUCGGCAGAUUGAGUUCAGUAAACUGCUUUUGUUUAAUUUAUUAUCGCUUUUGAUACAGAGUCUUUGUAUUGUGAACUGUCUAGAAUGACUCGUUUAUGGAGUCUUUGCAUUGUGAACUGUCUAGAAUGAAUCGCUUAUGGAGUCUUUGUAUUGUGAACUGUCUAGAAUGACUCGCUUAUGGAGUCUUUGCAUUGUGAACUGUCUAGAAUGAAUCGCUUAUGGAGUCUUUGUAUUGUGAACUGUCUAGAAUGACUCGCUUAUGGAGUCUUUGUAUUGUGAACUGUCUAGAAUGACUCGCUUAUGGAGUCUUUGUAUUGUGAACUGUCUAGAAGGAGUCAUUUAUGGAGUCUUUGUAUUGUGAACUGUCUAGAAGGAGUCAUUUAUGGAGUCUUUGUAUUGUGAACUGUCUAGAAGGAGUCAUUUAUGGAGUCUUUAUAUUGUGAACUGUCUAGAAGGAGUCAUUUAUGGAGUCUUUAUAUUGUGAACUGUCUAGAAGGAGUCAUUUAUGGAGUCUUUAUAUUGUGAACUGUCUAGAAUGAAUCGCUUAUGGAUUCUUUGUAUUGUGAACUGUCUAGAAUGACUCGCUUAUGGAGUCUUUGUAUUGUGAACUGUCUAGAAUGAAUCGCUUAUGGAGUCUUUGUAUUGUGAACUGUCUAGAAUGAAUCGCUUAUGGAGUCUUUGUAUUGUGAACUGUCUAGAAUGAAUCGCUUAUGGAGUCUUUGUAUUGUGAACUGUCUAGAAUGAAUCGCUUAUGGAGUCUUUGGUGAGAAAUACAUGUGUAUAUUAGAGGUCAGGCAUAUUUCAUAAAUACUUGAUACUGCUC